CAUUCAGUCAUCAAAAGAUCAAAACCAAUGCUGCGCCGUGAAGCGAGAGAGCGACGCGAGUACUUGUACCGAAAGGCCGUCGAGGACCGCGAGCGCACCAUCACAGAGCGGAAGGCUGCCGACCGCCUGUUCCAAGCCAACCCGCUCCUGGCACACCAGAUGAGCGUCACGCAGGCCGCGGCUGCUGCAGUGGCCAUGGACGAGAAGGCGGACGGUCCGAACGUCAAUGAGGACGCGCAGGGCAUGGAGUACCAAGACGACGAGUACGCCUAUGCCGGCAACGUUGAGCCCAAGAUUAUGCUGACCACGUCGCGCGACCCGAGCUCGCGGCUCAAGAUGUUUGCAAAGGAGCUCCGAGGGCUGUUGCCAAACACGCAAAAGAUGAACCGCGGUGGCUACAUUCUGAAGGAACUGGUCGCUGCAUGCCGCAAGAACGACGUGACAGACUUGAUCAUCGUGCACGAGCACCGUGGUGAACCAGAUGGCCUGGUCAUUUCACACAUGCCGUAUGGCCCGACGGCAUACUUUGCCCUCUCGAAUGUCGUCAUGCGUCACGAUCUUCCCGAACUCACCACGGCUGGCAUGCCCGAGGCGUACCCUCACCUGAUUUUCAACAACUUUAACACACGGCUCGGCGAACGCGUCCGCAACAUUCUCAAGUAUCUCUUCCCAGUACCAAAGGACGAUUCUUCCCGUGUUAUUACCUUUGCCAACACCGAUGAUUACGUGUCUCUCCGACACCACACAUUCAAGAAGAGUGGUCGGGAUAUUCAAUUAACUGAAGUUGGACCUCGUUUUGAAAUGAAAGUCUAUCAAAUCAAGUUGGGAACCGCCGACGAGACGGAAGCAGACGACGAAUGGGUGCUCAAGCCCUACAUGCACACUGCUCGCAAGCGAACAAACUUGUAGUUGUUGUAGUUGUUGUUGUUCUCUCAGCGCGAAUGUUAGUUGUUGUUUGUUUCUUUCAAUAUUGAAGUUUCAUUACGCUCUCCAGAGAGGGUUGGUUGUCUGAGGGUCUUCUGAG